GAUGGAUCCUUCAGUCUAAUCCAUCAAAUUGACACGCUAAUAUUGAGUCAAAUAAUUCAGAUGUUUAUUUACCCUAUUGUUUUAUUUUAUUUUAUAUGAAUACAAAAAGACACUCAGAUUUUCAAUUUCUUAAAGUGAAAAGUUCCGGAAAAGGGCGGGAAGUGACGAGUCCGAGCUUAGCACCGAUUAAAGACUUAAAACGUAUGUUCUUAACGCUUGAUGAAAGUUAUUGAUCUGUUAAUACAAGCACAGUUGUUGCAUGUUCAACACAGGUACACUAUAUAAAAAAGAGUUGUCAUUUUUUCUCUCUCGCUCUGACCAUUUGGAUUUGAGGCGGCAAGAACAGCUGUUCUUUCUUUCCUUUUUAUUUCCUCGGUCGGGGGAAUAUCUGUUUUGUAGGGUUUAAUGAUGUUUUCAGAAGAAGAAAAGAUGGGUUCUCCUCUUGUCGGAGAGACCCAACUUUCGGAAUCACUUGUCAAUGCAGGCAAAAAUCUCCUAAAGCCUCAUUCAUCUACUCAAGCGCUUCUCCAUCUUCUCAAUGAAGCCGAGGCUCAGCUCUCCAAGCUCGUCCAAGAUCCUACAGUUGCAGUGCAAAACGGGCUGAGACCACUGAUGAAGGCUUUGGUAUCUGCUCAUCUAUUAAGAAACCUUGAUUCUGAUGUCAGGGUUUGUGUUGUCUCCUGCUUGACCGAAAUCAUGAGGAUAACUGCCCCAGAGGCCCCAUAUAACGAUGAUCAAAUGAAGGAAAUCUUCCAGGUGACAGUAAGAGCCUUUGGGAAACUAGCUGAUGAUACUUCCUGCCCUAGUUAUAAGAAAGCUGUCACGGUGCUUGAUACUGUUUCUAGGGUCAGAUUAUCAUCGGUGAUGUUGGACUUGGAGUGUGAUGACCUUAUUCUCAACAUGUUUCGCCAGUUCUUGAAAGUCAUUAGACCGAACCAUCCUGAAUCGGUACUUCUUUCAAUGGAAGCGAUAAUGGUGACAGUUAUCCAUGAAAGUGAACAAGUACCCAUGGAUUUGCUCCAGGUUCUCUUGGCUGCUGUCAACAAAGAAAGCCAGGAUGUCUCACCAAUGGCUUGGUGGCUUGUGGAGAAGGUGAUCAUUAGUUGCGCCUGUAAGCUUCAACCUUGCAUCAUGGCAGCUUUGAAGUCCACAAGGAGUAGCUUGGACAUGUAUUCUCCAGUGGUUUUGGCGAUAUGUCAAGGCGAAGCUGAAGCAUACAUCGUAGUUAAGCCUAAACAUUAUCUCGGACAGCUGGAUUUUAGCCUUUCUCGCAAGGGGACUAUGUCCAAGAGACUUGCAAGAUGUGCCCAUGGAGAUGAUGAUAAAGUAAAAGAUGGCUACGAUUUGAAGCAAGUAAGGUCUGAAAGUAGAGACGCAGAGACAGAACCAGGGUCAACAAGGAGGAGAGGGCGGAAACUCAGUUCAAUGAUGAAUUCUGAAAAAGGCUGUUCGUUUAAGACUUCGUCGUCAAGCAAGAAGAUGCAGGAAAAAGAAGUUGGAAAGCUGACUGCCAAGAAAGCAUCUUUGCCUAGUAAAGUUGGUCAAACGAAUCAGGCUGCUGUUGUUUCUUCUCUUUCACCUUCUAGUAGGCCUAAGAAGGGGUCACGUAAACGAAGAAGCCGGAGUGAGAUAGAAGAUACAAAUCUUGAUGCAGGUUGUUUAGCUACACCAGCAUCAAAGAAACAGAUUAUGAAGAAAGAAAAUCCUGAAGAAGAUUUUAUGGAAUCUGACCUUGAAAAGCCUCAAGGUAGCAUAAAGACUGCCAAGUCAAGUAAAAAGGAUAGAACACAGAAUGGCUCAGCGAAAGCAUCUGCAAAGAAGCCACUUGCAAAGUCUAAAGAUGAGAGAGCACAGAAUGGUUCAGCGAAAGCAUCUGCAGAGAAGGCACUUGCAAAAUUUAAAGAUGAGAGAGCACAGAAUGGUUUAGCUAAAACAUCUGCAAAGAAGCCACUUGCAGAAUCUAAGAGGGUAGAGGACAGUUGGAGAAAACCAGUCCACUCAGAAUCAAAAGCUGCAAGCAUGGAUUCCCAUAUUCGCCAGUCAUCAAAGAGCAAGAAACAGAUGUCUAGGGCAGUGACGCCUUCAACCAAAGAAUCUGAACAAACUCCCAGGAGCCAUCCCAAGAGGAAACGGACAGCUGGAGAGGAAGUGGAGUCGUCCCAUAAGAGUGAGGAAUUAGUUGGUAAGAGAAUGAAAGUCUGGUGGCCACUCGACAAGAAGUUUUAUGAAGGCGUCGUAAAGUCCUAUUGUAGUCGCACGAAGAGGCAUGAAGUAUCUUAUUCUGAUGGGGAUGUUGAAAUCCUUGAUCUUAAAAAAGAACGUUGGGAGUUACAAAAUGUUAAGCAGGAAAAGGAGAUUGAUCUGCCUGAUUCUACUCUUUUAUCUGACAUAAGGGGGAUGCAAAAAGCAAAGAAGAGCAAAAACGUGUCAAAGAACGUGGAACUGAGCAGAUCCUGGAAGAAGAACGACUCUGUAACAAACUCAAGUAAGCUGAAGGACGUAAGCAAAAGCAGAGAAGAGAAGAAUCUUAAAGAACCGAAUGCUGAAACUGGCAGAAGAAAAGGCAGGACUGAGAAAAGGCAGAUGGUGACUCUACCUAUGCACCAGGAGCCAAAUGAAGAACCCAAUACUGAGGAACAAGAGCGAGAAUCAGCAAAAGAGCCACGUACAGACACAAAAUUGAUUGAGGAGGAGGAGGAUAUGUCUGAGGAGAUUCUUAGAGACGAAUACACAAGCGUGCCUCCUGAGACUGUUCAGAGUAGUGAAGGAACUGGAAGAAGAGACUGAUAAAGCAGAAGUCGGUAGUUCAGUGUGAUCCAUGAAUCAGAUAUGGUUAGAUGAUGUUAAUUCAGGAAAAAAUAGAUGGGUUAUUGUGGUUUAGGUAACUGAUAUGUUUAGUGAAGCUGUUUGUUCGGAGACUUAAUGGUUGUUAUUUGUUUGGUAGUCUUCUGACGUAUGUCUCUUAUCAUGGUACUAGUUUGAUCUGAUGUCACCUAGCUAGUAACAUAUAUAUAUAUAUUUAAAUGA